UCCAGCCUGGAUGACAGGGCAAGGCUCUCUCUCAUAAAAAGAAAGAAAAAGAAUUCACUGGUGGGUCAGUGGGUCAGAGGCAGUGAGGUCACCAGGCAGAGUAGCUUCAGGACCAGGUGGGAGAGGCCCAUUGUGACCUCCCUGGCCUCACCUAGGCCUUUGUGACUGUCACCUGGGGCUGCUUGGGAGCCAGUGGGUCGCCCAGAGUGCCCUCUAUAAGAGGGUGGCAGGUUGGGCCAGGCCAGAGCCUGGACCUGGGGUCAGGAAGGGGUUGCAGGGAGGGAUGGAGGGGCUGAAAACCCUGGGCCCCUGUGGCCACCCCCACCCCCAGUGUCCCCCAGCCCCAGCCCCAGCCUCCAGCAGCCAUGGAGGAUGCCUGGAGCAUCCCUGCCAGCGGUUUGUAGGGUGGCCCUGCCUGGGCCCCAUCUCCUCUGCUCACUUAGUGCAGUCCCAGAGACCUUUCCCAGACCCAGAGGCAGAGGGUAGGGGGCCCAGGGUGGGGGGUGAGACUCCCAGGACCUUUCUGUCUAUCGAGGAGCAGAGAACGAGAAACCCUGAGGGGCCAAGACAAGGAGACCUGGAGGCGAGGCUCCAGUGGGCCUGGCCCCUGCACCCAGGGACAAACCAGGGGGCUUCCAGGCAGGGGGGAUCCGCUGGCUUGGGGCCCAGACCCUGCCCAUGCCCACCCCUGUCGCCAGAGGGAGGGGCCCUGGCCUCACCCAGGGCAGCCCUCUCCCAGCUGCAGUGCGGGCUGCCGGGCUCUGCAGCACAGUCCUUCCUGCAGCUAGAACAGGAGAACCACAGCCUGAAAAGGCAGAACCAGGACCUUCGGGAGCAGCUGGGGGCCCUCCUGGGGCCAGGGCAGCAGUUCCUGCCCCUGUGUCCCGAACACUCAAGCUGUACCUCCCUGGCCUGGACCCCAGAGCCGGCCAGCAAGCAGCCCCUGGGGGACAGGGUGCCUCUGCAGCUGCUUCGGCGGGAGCUGUGCCAGGGGCAAGAGGCCUUCGUGCAGCAGUCCCAGAACGAGCUGCAGCAGAUCCGCCUGUGCUUUGAGAGGAAGAAGAUGGUCAUCACAGAGGUGUGGGACAGCGUGGCUGAGGUGCACACGGCCCUGAACAACCAGGCCACCGGGCUCCUGAACCUCAAGAAGGACAUCCGGGGCGUGCUGGACCAGAUGGCAGACAUCCAGAUGGAGAUUCUGGGGGAGCGGGCCCAGUGUCGCAGUCAGGCCAGGAAGGAGCAGCGGAUGGCAAGCAUGGCAGCUGCUGACCCUGAGGCUGCUGCUGGGGGCCCUGCUGGUCUGGACCGCCGCCUACGUGUACGUGGUGAACCCCACACCCUUCGAGGGGCUGGUGCCACCCCUGCUAAGCCGCGCCACCGUCUGGAAGCUCCGGGCCCUGCUGGGCCCCUUCCUGCACCUCGAGGUGGAUGGCUUCCUGCCCUUCUAGGCCAGAGGCCAAGUGGCCCCAGUGAGGAGGAGGCCAGGCGGCCAGCACUGUCCCAGAUGCCCAGUGGCCGUGCCAGCCCCCUGCCCACGGCACCACUGUGCACUGUCCAAGCCAGGAGCUGCAGAGAAGGGUGGAGGCGUGGUCUGUCCUGAGGGCUGGGCCUGCAGCUGGACAUAGAGUCAUGACAUACGUGGCCUGUGAGCGUGUCUGUGGAAAUCGGGGAAGGGACGCCCGGGCAAUCAAGCAGCAAGGAUCCCUCAGGGUGGAGACCCCAGCCACAGGGCUGGCUUCCCACCCACAUCCCACCUGCCCUCCAGAAGGCAGGCCUUCCACACUGGGGCUGUGACCCCCCUAGGGCAUCUUAGGAGGGUGUCCCCUGAAAGGAAACAGCAGGACUGGGGGGGUCCUCAGGUCUUCCCCCCGGGCCAGGCCCUCCUGGAGACCACAGAGGUCAGGUUUUCAGCGCUGAACCUGCUGACCGACUGACCGCAUGCCCCUCAGGCAGCCCC